AUUAAAAUAAUAUAUGUUGAAAGAACAAUUAAUAGGAUUUAGAGCGCAUUUCCUUCAUAACUUUAGCUCUUUUUCGUCAAAAUAACAUUGAAAGCCACGAUUUCUGAUUUCAUUGAACGCAGCUUUGCACAACCUGGAUGUGUUUCCAAAGCGUGUCGUUAACAGCACUUCAGCACUGCAGCUCAGUUUGUACAGUCUCAGUCGGCAGAAUGCUCCGUGAGCUCUAUCCCUUUGUGGAGGACAGUUUCAGUCGCUUCCCGUCGCAGAGUAACAUUUACGGGCUGUGUCAGGCCGGGGAGCAGGAGUUGCUGGCAGCCACUCUCAAAGGAAAGGUGGUGUGUUUCAGAUACCAGGAGCUGCAGAACAAAAUAAGACCCGUUGCCAAAGAGGUCCAGUUCACAUACAUCCCAGUUGAUGCAGAAAUUGUAUCCAUUGAUGCCUUCAACAAAUCUCCACCCAACAGAGGCCUGGUGGUCGGCAUUACGUUUAUUAAGGACUCUGGUGAUAAAGCCACUCCUUUCCUAAACAUCUACUGUGAUUAUGAGCCCGGUUCAGAGUUCAACCUGGAGUCUAUAGCUCAAAGUUGUUUGAAUCUGGAGCUGCAGUUUACACCGUUCCAGCUGUACCACACUGAAGUGCAGUGUGAGGAUGGUGGCAGUGAGACGGUGUUUCUACUCAGCGGCCAUGACCAGAGAAUACACCUGUAUAAGGAGAAUGCCUCCCUACACCAGUUUGAAGAGCAACCUGUGGAGAAACUUUUUCCUGAACUACAACAGCUGCCUAGCAAUGUUCUCUGGAUGGAUGUGUUGAAUUUAGCAGACGGCCGGCGUAUCUCAGCGUUCGGCUGUCAGAACGGCUGUGUUGUGCUGGCUGUGGUAAACCAGACUGGACCAGAGGUUUUGCAGAGCUGGAGGGUCCAGUUUGACAGUCCAAUCUCUACAGUCCUGCUGUUUCCUCUGAACGUCUGCACAAGCAACGACACGGGUGUCAAAAAGGAGAGCUACAACCUUCUAGUUACCAGCACCAUUCAGGUGGCAGUUGUGUACAGAGAUGUUCAAGAGUAUGGUUUGUCUCGCUCUACAUGUCUCUCUGAAAGUGACCACUGUGACGCAGUGCUCUGCGCUCUGGUCAUCGACCUGGAUUUUGAUGGACAAAAGGAAGUCUUACUUGGUACAUAUGGACAGGAACUUCAGUGCUACAAAUUCAGUCCGGCAGGGAGUCGACAGUUUCAGCUGCAGUGGAGGCGGAGCUUCACCAGUCCUUUGCUGUCCAUCAACUAUCUAGAUUUGACAGGGGACGGUGUGAGAGAGCUGGCUGUUCUUACCCUGAAGGGACUGCAUAUCUUACAGCACAGCCUCACCUGCACUGCUGAUGUGGUCCUGGAGCGACUAACACAGAGGGUGUCAGCACUGACAGCUGGCUGUGGGCCAGUGCCAGCCAAAGUUCAAGACUCCGAGGAGAAAGAUGUUCUAGCGAAGACCAAGGAGUGUUUUGCUCAUACAUCAUCAGAAUGAGCAAAACACCGGCAUUCUUUCCCCUUUGUACCGUUAUUGCUUUACACUGUGCCUUGAGAUUUCUCGAAGGUGUGUCUCUUCCUGCAGAGUCAGCUGUUGCCAUGAUUACAGACAUAGGGAGAAGGUUUACUGUCUCUGCUAGUUAUUAGCAACAGGUCCAAUUCAUGCAAGUACUGUAACAUAAAACC